AUGACUUCUACGACUCUUCUUUGUCCAUCCUCACAUUUUACUCUGAUCUCUCAAGCCGGCCAAACCCAAUCUCCAUUUGAAUCUUUCUCAUCUUCAUUAUUUUCCAUCUCUUUCAUUCUCAAAUUCCAAUGAAUUUUUCUAAUUUAAUUUUUAACUCAGCUUCAAGUUCUUGAAUUAGGCACACUCAAUUUGUUUUCUUUUGAUUUUUUCGAAAGUGGGUCGAUCUGAAUUUGAUUUAUAAUCGAGUAUUGGUUAUUGGGUUGUGAUAAAAAUUUAAUCUUUCUAUCUGGGUCUGAAUCCAAAUGGUUAGUUUUGAUAGCUCAAAUUCAAUUGACCGUGAUAUGGGCAUGGCUAAAUCUGUGAAUUCAAGCGACCCAAGUUUGAAAUUGAAGCAAUCUAAUCAAUUACGUAGGCUUAAAAAGUCACCCAAUUCGUCAAAUCAUUUGAAUAUUCCAGGGUGUGAUCAAUCUCGAUCUGCUGUUAUUGAUUUGAUAAUCUUGAUUGCUGUGAUUUUUGCUUGUGGGUUUCUGUUAUAUCCUUAUAUAAAGGUGUUAUCUUCUGAAGUGUUUGAUAUGGUUGAGAUUGUGUAUGUUGUGCUAAAAGAGGAGAUUGCCAAUGCUCCGAUGAUAUAUGGGUGUUUAGGACUGAGUAUAUUAUCUGCACUGAUAGCUAUGUUGGUGAUUACUGUGUGUACUAGUAGGAAAUGUGGUAAGCCUGGUUGUAAAGGCCUUAAAAGGGCAGCUGAAUUCGAUAUACAACUUGAAACUGAGGAGUGUGUGAAGAAUUCCAAUACUUGUUCUGGUAAAGAUGGUUUGAAGAAAGGGUUGUUUGAAUUGCCUCGUGAUCAUCACAGGGAGUUAGAAGCUGAGCUCAAGAAGAUGGCACCUCUCAAUGGAAGGGCGGUUCUUGUGUUUCGGGCAAGGUGUGGAUGUUCUGUUGGAAGAAUGGAAGUCCCUGGGCCAAGAAAGAUUCGGAAGGUUAAAAAGUGGUGUUAAUUUAUAUGUUUGUUAAUUCAAUAGUUGCAUAUUUCAUACACAGAUACUAAUGAUGCAAAGAAAGUGCCUUUUCCGGGUUGAUUUGCUUUAGAACUAUAUUGUCCUUAAAUAAAAACUCAUGAAUAAGUUGCAAGGAUUAUAUAUAUACUUGCCUAUAUAAGAAUCCUUUACUUUA